UUGCAAUCUGUAUUGAAGUUUCGUACAAAAAUUUAAGCUGUCAAAAUAGAUCGUGGUUUUAUUUCUAAUAAUUUCUAUUUUAUCGAUUAGUUAGGACAAUGAUUAAACUUUUUUCAUUAAAACAACAAAAGAAAGAUGAGGAAGGCUCCGCAAGAGCAGGAGGUUCACAGAAAAAAGCAUCAGCCGCUCAAUUGCGGAUCACAAAAGAUUUAAAUGAAUUGAAUUUGCCCAAGACAUGUAACACAGAGUUUCCAGACCCAGAUGAUCUACUCAACUUUAAAUUAAUCAUAUGCCCUGAUGAAGGAUUCUAUAGAGGAGGAAGAUUUGUAUUUAGUUUUAAGGUAGGACCAAACUAUCCUCAUGAGCCACCUAAGGUGAAGUGUGAGACAGCGGUAUACCAUCCCAAUAUAGACCUUGAAGGCAAUGUGUGCCUCAACAUCUUAAGGGAAGACUGGAAACCAGUGCUUACUGUCAACUCCAUAGUAUACGGACUACAGUAUUUAUUCCUGGAACCAAAUCCCGAGGAUCCUCUAAACAAAGAGGCUGCAGACGAGCUGCAAAGUAACAGGAGGUUGUUUGAACAACAUGUGCAGAGAGCGAUGCGAGGCGGAUACGUCGGGUCGUCCUACUUCGAAAGAUGCCUCAAAUGAAACCGCAACACUCAACUGUAAAUUAAUGCUACCAACCCUAUAUAAAUAAAACAAUCUCACUUUAAAGCA